AGAGGAGGGGCCCGCCGCCCCCACACCGUUGGGGCGUUUUAACGGGCUCGGCCGGAGCCGGGCAAGCAGAGUGAGGACGGCAGGAUGCAGCCGGAGCUCCCAGUCGGCUCCGCAGCUCUGCGCGGCCGCACGGCCCCCGACAGCCCCUAUCCCGGCCCCUCGCCGCCUGCGGAGGCCACCAAGCCGCCCUACAGCUACAUCGCCCUCAUCACCAUGGCCAUCCAGAGCACUCCUGAGAAACGCAUCACUCUGAGCGGCAUCUACCGCUACAUCAUGGGCCGCUUCACCUUCUAUCGUGACAACAAGCAGGGCUGGCAGAACUCCAUCCGUCACAACCUGUCGCUCAAUGAGUGCUUCGUCAAAGUGCCUCGCGACGACAAGAAGCCGGGCAAGGGCAACUACUGGACUCUGGAUCCCGACUGCUACAACAUGUUUGAGAAUGGCAGCUUCCUCCGGCGCCGCCGCCGCUUCACCAGAAAAAGGGCCCUGCGGGACGGUGAGGGGGAUGAGGGACGCAGGAAGACUCCCAAAACCCGCUCACGGGCACCGCUGCCAGAGGAGGGGAAAGCGGAGAGCGGCUUUGGGUCGUCGACAGCAGAGCAGAGGGCAGAGGGCGUUGGGAUGCCGGGCCGUGCCGGGCAGAUCUGUGCUCACCCGCAGCCCAAAGCGCCAUUCUUC